AUUCUUGUCCAAAUUUGCCGACUCGGCUCAUUUUCAUUAUUAUCCGUGCAGAGGCACGAUUUUUUUUAUUUCUGUGUUCCUAACACUGUUCUUCAGUCAUAAUUGUGAGAGUAACGUUCAUUCGCAUACGAUAUUGAUUCUUUCUUAUUGUUUGCUAGCGAGUCUAUUGAGUAUAGUAUGAGUUCCCUGAUCAAAUUUAAUCUUCAUCAGUGUGCCCUGCCUCCGUUUUCUUUUCACCGCUCGAGAGAAAACGUGAGCUUCAAUGGUAUACUCACUUAACAUACCACUUUGUUUAUAUAGUUAUUCUUUCUAUAUAUACCCAUAUCAUUAGGGCAUUCCAUUAUAGCCUUAACUUCUAUUACGUCUAAACAGGCACCUUGCUAUCCAUUCUUUCUUGCCUUUUUAGGGUUUCAACGCAAACUAUUCAUUCAUACACGUUCCGUUUAUUGGUUCAUAUUUACAGUUAUCAACAUAUGCUCCUAUUUUGUAAAUGAUUUACACCAUAGUAUGAACAAAGACACUCUCGCUAAACUCGGCGACACCUUUAAACAGUUGGCUCGUCCUUCAAGUGAGGAGGAAUUGGAGCAAGGUGCAACCACCGGUGAUUUAAAUGUGGUGAAUUUGCGAUCGGGGGCUACGUACUCUUCCCUCCCAAGGGAUAGCGUCCCUUCACCUUCAGAAUCGUCUGAAUACUUAACCCCCACUCGGCCGAACACAAUGCCUGUCGAUCCACCUCCCCCUCCUCCUCCUGGGGCCCCACACCACUUCCCCCCGCCCCCGAUUCGGGUCAUUCCAACUCACGCCAGUAUUCGACAAUUCUCGGGAGGCGAGACCGAUUUUUCGGCGCGACAGUUUUUAGAUUUGUGUGAAUCUGCCAUCGUAAAUUCCUCCAUUACGGAAGAUCAUGAUAAAAUCGCUUUCAUUCGGUCACGGUUACUUCCAGGCUCUCGGGCACUGAAUUUGAUGCAGUCCUCAGCGUUCGCUUCGGGGGACAUUGGUGUAAACUAUGAGGUUUUUAAAGGGAAUUUCAUUAAAAUCUUCGGGGGCGGGAGUAAACCAAGCAUCGUUAGACAGAUGGCACACACGGUUGAGUCCCUCCAAAAAAAUUCCUCAACAAAGCCGAUUUGGGACGCCAUGAUUGAGGCAAAUCAGCUGGCGGUUGACUGUGUCAAGAGCCUGGAAGACGCGCUCUGGCUUCCAGGGGGCUGUAUGCAAAAGCACCAGGUGAAGACAGCUUUCGAGUUGUUUUUUUACUUAUUUCAUAUUUCAGAGAAGAACCGCCGUUCUGCCCUCCCUUUGGCCUUCAAACCGAGCGGGAAGUUGGUUGACUUCGUCUCAGAGUUAGAGGUCAAGGUUCAGGAACACCCUCACCAUCAACCCCUCGCCACGGCAGCAGCAUUGCAAGCACAAAAUCAUGAUGUUGCGUUUUCUGACCAUCUUGUUGUCCCUCGGCUCCCUGCUUGCAACAACACCCAUCCACCUGAAGCCUGGUGCCCUCACGGCACAAAUAGGAGAGGUCUUACUCAUAGAAGAUGUGCUCCUCGUAAAAUAUCCAUAUACUUCCUUGACCAACAGCACGGACAUAAUCAGGAUAGUCUCAGAAAAACUACUCGGCAUGGCAGACGCCAUCCGGGCUACCAAGACUAGGGAAUCAAAGGCACCUUCUAGUACCAACUCUCUGACUCUUUUUCAACUACUGGAGGAUAGGAUUCUGUUCUUACGGGGAAAAGUUGAUGAGGUAAACAUGGAUUAUAGUUUUCACUCUGUUCACUCUCGGGUAAAGAGGGGAUUGCUCAACAUCGUGGGGUCCGCCUCAAAGUUCCUUUUCGGUACGGCUACCGACGAGGACGUUCGCGAUUUGCGGGACCACUACGCUCAUGUACUUUCCUUUGCUGCUAGAAAUCGCAGGGUGAUCAACGCCAAUUGUAGAAAACUUGCGCAAUUGCAUACUAACAUUGAGGAACUGCUAGAGCAGACAAAUAAGAUGGUAGAGGUUAUCAACAUAGUUGUCAAACAGAUCGACCAGGUGAAUCAGUUUCUCCUCCUAGAUCAGGCCUUGCAUGUAUUGGAAAACGUCAUUAACUCCGUCGCAACGGCUAAUCAGCAGGUUAUUAGCAACAUGGUUGAUGCAGCGCACGGUAGAGUCACACCUGCCUUGUUCCCUCUACACGAUUUGAGAACGACUGUCCAGAUCGGGUAUCAAAAUUAUAGCCUGACGCCUUUAUUCACCCCGGACAUGAGUCAAUAUUUUUACCCCUUGAUUGAGUCCAGCCUCACCCCUGAUGCCAUAAUCAUUCAUGUUCCAUUUCAGACGGCGGACGUGUUUGAGGCACACGAAAUUGUCCCGUUCCAUUUUUCAGCAAAGGACAGUGUGUUGGCCCUGGACACGUCCCCGUCUCUUGUUCUAAUCGCGAAGGAUUUCGCUCUGUAUUCAACGGAUAGCUACUCACUCUUGCAGUAUUGCAAGGAGACGGUCUUCGGGCGAUUCUAUUGCUCUGCGUCUCUCUUUGCCUUCCUUCCAGUUCGGGGAGGGGUAUGCGAGAUCGCCCUCACCCGCGUGAACGCGUCUGACGCUCUUUCCCUGUGCCCUUACAAGCAGCUAACACCAACGCCUGUUUUCCAUCAGAACUUUCAGGGUCUGCAUUAUUUUUAUUUUCCUCAGUCCUUCUAUGUAUCGGUCAUCUGCCCGGAGGGUACCACUUAUCAACGGGUUACUGGUCACUAUGCCAUAGCGGAAGCAUGCUAUAUCCGCUCCACUAACAUAACAACGUACCCGUCCCGGAUUCGUCUGGUUUUCACGGCCAAUAUUUCCCAUCGAGUGUUUCCUCUACGGUCUCUCGAUGACAUUCAUUUCUCCAGCAUCUCGUAUGUGACUAAUUCCCUUAAUUCAUUGUCUUUCGCGAACAAAACAGAGUUUGCGGAAACCCUGGAGGAAACGCUGCCUGAUUAUUUGCAUCUCCCCUACCUGUACCCUGGAUUUUUUGUACCAAUGUUUCUGAUGUUCGUCAGUCUCGUCGUCAUGUGCUACCUUAUUAGGAGAAACUCUGUCCUGCACGAUUAUUUGGUUGUGCAGACACGGCGACUGGAUGCAGGGAGGCCACUGGCAAGGUAGUUUUUCCUUUUCUCAGACAAGUCAGGGGACAGAAACCUGGCUGCUCCUAUACUUAACAUUGUACUGUGUUUCACUACUGUAUUUUUUUUUUAGGAGCUAGAUCACCGUUUCAUUGUCUGUAACUAUGCCAGUUGAUAGUUUCUUAUACAUGUGUUCUUAUAUUUAUCUUUUGAGAGGUUUCUUAUGUUUCAUGUCACACACGUUGUGGUUUCCCUCUCCCUAUUUAUAUUAUAAUUCCACAUCUGUUCUUACAUAGCCAGUGUUUUAAUAUAAUUGUAUCAUAGGCAGUCUGCUUGACAACCUCCCUCUCUGUAUGUUCAUGGUACCUAGACUGCUAUUUCGAUUUUUAUAUAUCGCGAGGUCGCGAUCACUGGUAGGUGACCGAGCAGUGUUAUAGUAGGAUAUCAAUGUAUUAUUAUUAUUUAAUAUCACCACGAAUUAGGCAUACAAUUGUCAAUGGAAAAACCCCACGACAGAUAGAUCACGCCACCUUAUAGGAAUGUCGUCCGUCAGUGUUUACCGUCUCAGUUUUGUAUACUUAGCACUCCGAUGGUGCGUGGAGGUCACCUUGACAUACGUGACCAAUUGUAACCAUUAUUUUCCAACCUGUAACUCGCCACUCCUUCACGAGAGUCCGACUGACACACAACGACAGUCGCUCUCGCUCCGUCGCUUCUUGUACAUAAAGGCUACGAAUAUAAUUCGCCUUAAGGAAGCUGAAGUCUUA